GGGCCGGCAGCAGGUGUGGCUGGAGGCGAGGGCACAGGUGUGGCGUUCGCAGGCGCAGGCCGCCCAGCUGGCUUCUCCCACGGCCACGCCGUCCUUGGGGCCGGGCCCUGCCCUGACGCGUCAGCUCAGGUCCCCUGCUCGGCCCUGCUCCUUGCGGAGCCCCCAGGCCAAUGGCCGGUCUGAACGUGUCCCUCUCCUUCUUCUUUGCCACUUUCGCCCUCUGCCAGGCGGCCAGGAGGGUGUCCAAGGCCCUGCUCCCGGGAGGCGUCUAUGCCAGCUUCGCCCAGGAGGCGGUGGGCAUGGCCCAAUUGGGGGCUUGCUGCCUGGAGAUGCGGGUGUUGGUGGAGCUGGGCCCCUGGGCCGGGGGCUUCGGCCCCGACCUGCUGCUGACACUGCUCUUCCUGCUCUUCCUGGCGCACGGGGCCACCUGCGACGGGGCCACGGCCAACCCCACCGUGUCUCUGCAGGAGCUCCUCCUGGCCGAGGCCUCUCUGCCCCACACGCUGCUGACGCUGGCGGCCCAGGGGCUGGGCAUGCAGGCGGCCCACACCCUGACCCGGCUCUACUGGGCCUGGGAGCUCAGUGACCUGCACGUCCUCCAGAGCCUCAUGGACGCACACUGCAGCUCCGCCCUGCACACGUCCGUGCCCCACGGCAUGCUCGUGGAAGGCGCCUGUGCCUUCUUCUUCCACCUGACCCUCCUCCGCUUCCGGAACAGUCUUCCCAUCUACAGGGUGCCUCUCGUGGCCCUGCUGGUCACCGUCAUGGCCUACACAGCUGGGCCUUUCACGUCCGCCUUCUUCAACCCCGCCCUGGCCACCUCAGUCACCUUCCACUGCUCGGGGCACACCCUGCUGGAGUACACGCAGGUGUACUGGCUGGGUCCUCUGACAGGGAUGGUCCUGGCUGUCCUGCUGUACCAUGGCCGCCUUCCUCGCCUUUUCCAGAGGAACCUGUUGUACAGCCAGAAGAACAAGUACCGGACUCCUAGAGGGAAGCUGGCCCCGGGGCCUAGAGACACCCAGACGCCAGCAGAGGGGUGCAGAAGCCGGGAGCCCGUGUGGAGGGGGGUGGGGCGGCAGCUGCUGGGCUCUGGCUGAGCCAGCACAGUCCCGGUGAGCGUCCCUGGCUGGACCCUGGGGCCCCUCUGAGCUGAGGGAGGCCAGACCCGCACCCCUUUCUCCCUGAAAACAAUUUGUCAAUAAACCACUCCUGAGACCUGCCUGUCUCCCUGGCCUGACAGACGCUUCUGGAAGGGAAGGCAGGGGUGAGAUGCAAGGGAGGCUGGUCUGAGUCACCACCA